AUGGCCGUCAGAAUGAUCCCUCUUCUCUUAACCAUCCUCAACAUCACGAAUCUGGCACUCAGUGCCCCAACAGCAAAGGACCCUUCUCUGCCCCCUUCCACAAUCUCCACCUCCUCUCAACCUGCUCCACCCCAACAGAUCCCAGAAGCAGCCAGCAAGCGACAUCAUAUCAUCAGAGUAUCAAAAACCACCAGUGACAACGAUUCGAACAAGUCCUUUUUCGACACGACAACCCUCCGCCUCCUCGAAACGAGCCCGCACACCGAGCCCGUGCCCGUGUUCACAUCCAGCAGCAAGGACCAAAUCGUCGUCACCGUCCUCGACGACGAUAACAAUGACAAUGACGACAACCUGGUAGCUUCGUACAUCCAGGAGAAGCUUGCUGUUGCUUCUUCCUCUGUCCCGGAUGGUGGGAGGCAGCAGCAGCAGCCGCGGAUCCUAUGCCGUGCGCUUCGUCGCUGUGGUCAGCGCGUCCUGGAACAGCGGCGGCUUGGGCUGUUUAUCCUGGGGGUUUCGCUUGGGCUUGCUUUUAUUUGCACUUGUAUGAGAGAGUGA